AUGGGUUCUUUGUCCAACUCCAAGCUUCCUGUGAUAGACUUCGCAAGUGAAAACUUGGAGGCUGCAGGAACUAGUGGUUGGGUGAGCAAAUGCAAGGAUGUUUUGAAAGCACUAGAGGAGUAUGGAUGCUUCGUAGCUGUUUAUGAAUCCAUGGCAAUCACUCGUGCAGAAACUCUCGAAGGAAUUCAAGAUUUCACAAAAACCAUGUGGCCUAAUGGCAAUAAUAAUUUCUGCAAAAUUGUUCAUUCAUACACAAAGACAGUGGAAGAGCUACAUAAAAUGGUGGUGAAGAUGAUCUUCGAUGGUUAUGGGAUGGAGAAGUACUAUGAGUCCCAUAUGGAAUCAACCACUUACUUUUCCCGAUUUUUGAACUAUAUAGUUCCUCAAGAAAAUGAAACCAAACAGGGAUUGCACCCUCAUAUGGACAAAAGUUUCCUUACCAUACUUCAUCAGAAUGAUGUUAGUGCUUUGCAAAUUAAACCAAAGAAUGGAGAGUGGCUUGAUGUUCACUUAGCUUCUUCAGAUUUUUUAGUCUUGGCAGGCGAAGGAAUCAUGGGAUGGAGCAAUGAUAGGAUUGAUGGUUGUGAUCAUAGAGUGACAAUAAAAAGUAAGGAGAAAAGACUCUCAGUUGGCCUAUUCUCAUUUGUCAAAGGAAUAAUGCAAGUGCCAGAAGAAUUUGUUGAUGAUGAUCAUCCAUUAAUGUAUAAACCCUUCGAUCACAUUGGUCUGCUUCAUUUCUUUGGUACCCCUGAAGGUCACAAGCAGCACCAUUCUUUGAAAGCAUAUAAAGCAGCACCAUUCUUUGAAAGCAUAUACCGGCCUUUGAGCUCCUUUCACACACACACCUAUCCAUAA